GGGGGCAGGGAGCGGGAGAAGAAGAAGAAGGAGAAGGAUAAGAAGAAGAAGAAGGGAGCGGAUCUCCGCGACAUGAUAAACGCCGCCGCUGGGGCGGUGGCCCGCAGGAUGCCGUCGGCGGCCCGGCGGAGCGGCUGCUGGAUAGCGUGGUGCCAGGCGGUGCUGCUCGGCGUGUCGGGGCUGGUUAUCGUGGCCGAAAGGACCGCUCUGAUCUACUGUAUAGGGUUUUACCUUUGGAACGAGGAGACGCAGUGGGCGGGCCUCACACUUGGCCUCUUCCUUCCAGGGACAGCAGUUCAACUGCUAAGUGUGAAAUGGUACUAUGAUGAUGGUGAUGACAGGCGGUGCUACCUCUCUGUCAUCCACAUACUGCACUUGGGCAUCUUCAAAAGGCUGUGGGACUGCAUGAGGUCUGUGUUGCGCUCGCAGGGCUCGGUGGCUGAGCUUGGAGCCGCUGUGAUGCAGCAGGCAGAUGCUGCUGCCCUUUGGAUGCUGGAAGCCCUUGUCCUUACGCUGCCCCAGAGCCUGCUGCAGGCAUAUGUUGUGGUGUCCACUGAUGUGGGCAUCAUGUCACCAGUGGCCUAUUGCUGUGGCUUUUGUGUGCUGUCCAUUUCCUGGGCCCUGGUUCUGUACAGUCGAGCCUGCUGUCUGAUACGACCGGGCCACUUGGCGAUGCCUCCAGCUGCCCUCCUGUGCCAGCUGGUGUGGAGGGCAGGCAUGCUGGGCGCCAGGGUGACCUGUCUCAUGUUCUUCGCCAGGGUUUUCAACUGGUGGGUCUGCGGAGUAGUAGGUUUCCACUGGCUCACGGCCUCCUUCUGGCUGGUAUCACAGCAACCGGACAUCUGCACCGGCCCAUGGUGUUGGCGCGUCUUUAAUGGCGUUAUGGGGCUCGUCCACGUCUUCCUCUUCCUCAACGUCAAGGAUGGACCCUCACGCUUUCGCAUGGCUAGUUUUUAUGCAUUCAUGCUAGUGGAGAACGCCACUCUGCUGCUGGCUGCCUCUGACUUCCUGAGUGAAGCAUCGUGGGACAAUAUGACCCUUCCCACCACUGUGCUGUGCAGUUUUCUCCUUGGUGCGAUCUCUCUGGUCCUUUACUAUCGGUUCCUCCAUCCUAAGUCCACAGAGAUCUCACAGGGCGCCAGCCGCCACCACAUGGGCAGCACAUGCAUCGAACAGGGGGAGUCUUCAUUCUCUCUGGGGGACAAAAGCCUGCCCGCUGCUCAUUUUCAAAACCACGGCAGCUUCUCCCUCUCAGGCGUGGCCGGGUCUCUGCUGGAGCAUCCGGGAGACUGCGGAGGUCGGCCCAACAGCUCCUGCCCUUGCUACCACCACCACUGGUUCUUGAUCCGUAUGGCACUAAAAACAGGAGAUCUCAGCAAAAUCAACAGGGCAUAUGGGGCUGGGGGAGCAGCCGCCAUCUUAGACAUGGAGGAGUACAACCCGGCGUAUAAAAGUAACGAGGGUAUGACUAUCACAGCUGGAGGCAGCUGUGAGGGUGUCUCCACCUCUGAGUCACAGGGGAAGGGGCUGGCACCCCUCUCGGACUGCAAAGACGAAUUCCAGAGCGUAAGUGAACCAACAUCAACUGAGCAGCCUGAAGAAGAAGAACAAGAAGAAGAAGACAGUCUGGAAAUGGAGAGCCCCAUGGAGUCGCCCACAUCAGACUUCAAGCGCAGCUCACCAGAGGGUAAGUCCGUGUUUGGGGACAGUCCAGAGCCAUAUUUCUGCCCUACAGAAUCCAGUUCUACCUUAUACUUCAGCGCCGAUCCACAGUCACCCAGCAGUGCCAGCAAUCCCCGCUUGGAUCGGGACCUUGGAGCUCUGGAACAGGGCGUUCGGCUCAACUCCAUCCCCAGCGACCCGGCCCUCCACCGAGAUGUGCGUGGCCUUAUGGGCCGCGUUGGCCCACGCUGCAUUUCCACUCCGAAACUGGACUCUGGAGUGUUGGACUCUCCCUCCAGUGUCCCUCAUCUCACAGGUCCUCGGCGGCAGCUCAUCAUGUCCCGCAGAGAUGACGAUGAUAACUUCUAGCUUUCUCAUGACUAAAUCAGGGGACAUGCCAAACGCAGCCUAUCCAAGACCAAUCGUGCACACCAGCUUUAUCAUCUAUUGUGUUUUGGGAUGAAAACACAGGCACUAAUUUACCUCUUGAUGCCAAUAUACAUUUAUUAGCAAUACAGCAUAGAGCAACAGCUAAUGUGACAGGUACACGUCUGGAGCCUAAAUGCACUGCUUUGCCCACAUACUCAACAGACAGGGGCAAAACCUCAUGUUGCUGGACAUCAAGAGCAAAAUUACAGAGCGUAUUACCAACAAGGCUGAUUUAUGGAGUUAAGACACUUCUAAUUGACAUCUACAGAAAUAUAUUUGCCACUUUUAUGAGCAUAAAAUUCAGACAUUAUAUUGUACAACAAAGUAACUCUGGUUCUUCUAUUCUAAUUACACAAUAAGUUAGUAUGUGUAUUUUUACUCAUAAAGCUUAUUAUGAAUAUGUGGCUGAUCUAAAUAAACUGAUGGCAUCCCUAAUACAUGCUGAACAGCCAGUUGUCCAUGUCACUGUAAUGAUUGUAGUUGUAUAGAUCUAACAGAUUUAAAUUAAAGUAUCUGAGCUCUCAGUAUAAGCUGGAGCUUUUUGGCCUAUUAGAAAGCACAAUUAUCUUCUGUAUCAUAUGUAUUUUGCUGUGAUGCUGUGAUUUCUUUUUUUUAAAUUUUGUUUACUAUUUAUUUAUUGUUCAAAUUUGAACACCCCCCCAUAUUAAUAAGCUGUAUUUUUGUAUGAUCUUAACUGGCAUUUGCUUGGAGCAGGGCAGGUGUAUCAUCCAAGGAAAACUGUUUGUUUUGAAUUUAUUCACAUGUUGACCAUGUAAGUGCUUAAGUAUUUUGGAAUUGUGUUGGAAAAGAACAAUAAUGUCUCAGGCAACGACUUCAAAAAGCUUUCAAACACCUACUGUGAGACUAAAUGAAAAAAUGGUUUAGUUAUUUAUUGUGACUUUUUUAUGUGCUCUUGAUUGCUAUUUCUAAAGGGACAAACGUUUUCUCUUCACUGUCCUUAUUCCGGUAACAAAGCAGUGAAGUGAUGGUGUGCUUUGUCUUGCACCAAGGUAACUGCCUAAUGUAUAUGACAUUUUGAACUGUGAAGUGAAAGGCCACUGGUGGCUUUAAAUAAGCAAUAAACAUCCUACAUG